AUGUUGGCCCUCAAGUCAAUGCGGAUGCCAGCCGCGGGGACGGAGCACGCAACAACCAUUGAACAACUACCGCCAGAGAUCCUGGACAUUGUCGCGCACAAUCUAUAUGACUCUGGGUUUGGCCAGAUUGAUAUCUUGCUGCCUUUCUCCCUCGUCUGUCGUCGCUUUCGUCACUCGUCUCUGCCCUUCCUCUUCAGCAGCGUCUCGCAUGUUAUCCGAGACCGCUUAGACCAGAAGGAAACUGGUAUUCUUCGUCGCCUCAUUAACCAUCCCCAUCUCCUGCGGCAUGUCCGAACCCUUCAUAUUCACCGACCUCCUGAACUCACGAGGUCGGUACAGAGUCCAGAGACUAUCAACACCCAACGUCUCGGUCUAGAGCACACAUGGUCGGAUCUACGAGCCCUCCAAGUCUGUCUGUUGUUGAUGCCUGGACUUCGGCGCAUCAGGCUAGAUUGUUCUGCCGCUGCGGCUUAUCAGAUAAUCAAAAUACUUCCACAUGGUCAUAUAUACGAGAUCAUUCUCGACCAUCUCUAUGCCUCGCCAGACUGCCCGGACACGAUUGAAGCUACCGCGAACCUAGUGUCGGCCGCUGGAUGCCAUGAAUUGGCACUUGGAACCUUCGGUGAACUAUCCGAGCAACAUGAUUUCACGACCACAGCCAUCUACGACACCAUUUUGAGAGCAUCUGCGGUCAAUCUCCACAUGUCGUGGCUUUUCCAUGGACAGCAAACCACCCAAAAACAACCAGACGAGGCUGUUGUUGACCCUUGUUUUGUGGCCAAUAUCCCUUCUUGGACGGAACUCCAUCUCGUGAUCCGACGUGCGCUGCGGUCUAACCAUCACUCUCCUCGCGAUCUCGACCUUCCGCUCGUUCCAUGGAAUAGUCUACGCAGACUCUCAAUUCUUUGGGAGUACACAGUGCCCGUGAAUCAGUUCAUACACGAUGUUGCUCCCCAACUCACCAAUCUUCAGGCCCUCCGUCUCCGUGCCGCUCAUCACCGACUUUACCACCCAAACUGUCGACAUAAUGGUCCUACGACCGGCCUAUUUGCAGAUGCUCCUCCUGUUCCGCCUUUCCGUAUCAACUAUUCAGUGAUGCGGGAGCUGCGAGAAGUCGAGAUUGACGGCAUCUGCAACCACAUACCCAUCACGGCUCUGGUGGGCCCGAAACUCCGACGGUUACGCCUCCACUGUGAGGAUUCACUCUGGUCUGUCUGCAGUGCAGAGAGUCAAAGAAGCCAUUUCGACAUCCUUGUUGCGGCCAAAAUUGCUCCUGAUCUAGAGCAACUUGAACUCGAUGUGGGUUACAUCACAAAUUUGUGGCACCCGACAGCCAUUCCGGGCGUCGAUCUCGACAUGGAACAGUAUGCCUUUCUGAACGCCAUUUGCAAGUUUCGCCAGCUGCGGUUGCUCCGACUCUAUCCCCCAUUUGUGCCGAAAGAUGCCCCUCGGUUCAGCCGCAGUCCCAUGACUUGCAUCCCGGUCUCUGAUGAUCAGGCCAUUAGAGUGUUUGAGCAUCUACGGACACAAUGUCCAUCAUUGCAAAUGUUGUCGCUCGCUGCCAUCCCGUCCUUUGUCAACAUCCAUACCAUGUGUUGGGAGGUCAAGCGGCAAGGCGAGAAGACCAUUUUGACCACGAAACAUCGGGCCAGGAAUUAUCAGCAUCGUCAAUACCCCGCGGAGAUAUCUGCCGGACUCAGACUGCUGGACAUUGACUCGCGACGAUGUCCAUGA